UUCUAUGCAAAUUAUUGUGUGGAAAAUCCACGAAUACAAGCAACAAAACUUGGUAUAAAUGAGUUAAUCAUUGAAAUUAUACAAAAUUACCCUCAAACAAUAGAAACCAUAGAUGAAGAGGGAAAAAAUAUACUACAUAUUGUAGUAGAACAAAAAAAUAGGUUCAUAUUUGAUUACAUUAUGAAAAAUGUAUCACACAUAGAUAGGUUGCUUGUUGAUAUUGAUCAUCAUGGAAAGACCAUAUUGCAUUUUGCAGCAAGUGUUGGAUCACCAUUCAAAUUUUCUACAGAGGAACCACCAAUUGAAAAAACAACAAGGGGUUAUAAAACAGUGAUACUCAUGGCAUGGGGUGUACUAUGGUUUAAGCGUGUAAAAUAUUGUGUUCAUCCACGUUUAUGGACAAUGAAGGAUGAUAAAAACAUGACUCCAAAAGAGCUAUUUGAUCAAAAUCAUUCAAAUGUAUGCAUAGAAGCAGAGAAAUCAAUCAAAGAUUUAGCAAAUCCAGCUCUCAUUCUAUCAACACUUCUAUGCACAAUCAACUUCGCCGCGGUUUUCACAAUCCCAGGAGGCUUUGAUGACAAAUCUGGACUACCUAUUCUCUUAUCAAAACCACAAUAUUCAGAGUUAUGGAUGUUGAUGUUUUUCAUAGGUGCAGCACUUUAUGAUUCAGUCUUCACAAUGGGAACUGUGAUAUCAAUACUACUCUCAAAAUUUGAUUCUGAUGAUUUCUACAUUGCUUUGCCAAUCAAGUAUUGUACAAUCAUUAUUUCUGUUUAUUAUUCAACAGCAUUCACAGUUUUAGGUUGUGUACAAGCUCUUAAUGUUGAGAAUAUAUUUAUGGACAAAGAUGUGUGGUGGUUAGUAUUUCUUUUAAUGUGUCUUGGGUGGUAUAUGGGUUUAAUAGUUUUAGAUGUAUGUUAUAUUGUCUUUGAUUAUGUUUACUAUUUCCUUAAUUAUUCCUUUCUUUUUAAAGGGAACAAACAUGUAAUGUAAAA